AUGGUAAUGGACAACCGAAUAAUUGAAGAAAAUAAAAAUGAGCAAAAUUCACCAAUCUUCGUUACAAAUUUUGAAAAUGGAGAUAUUGUUAAUUAUGCACUUGUUAUAAUUAAGGGGAUCAUAACAUCAGGUGACUGUAGCAAUAACAUUAAAUUAAAGUGCACAAUAAGAUUCAAUGAACCUCAAAAAGUAUCUCAGUGGGAAGUUUACAACAGAGAAUUCAAGAUAUUAUUAGAGUUAAGAAGAGGAGAAAAUAUUAUUGAUUUAGAGUAUGCAGAACAAUAUCAUAAAACAUUAGUCCUUGAAUAUGCACCAAGAAAAACAAAUCUGAGAGUGACUCCGAUGUAUAUUAUUUGUCAAGGUCAUGAUGGCUGCUUCCAAAGUCCACCUGACGUAGACAGUUCUAUAGAGAGUGCAUGCUCGCGAAUAGCUGUCGGCUCCAAGUUAAUUCAAAGCAUAACUGCUGAAAAACUAUAUGAAAGUGGUGUUGGGCGAAAAACGUUUCAACUAGAACAUGAAGUUAAUCCUAAAAAGCCUGAAUGUAUAGUGUUCAGAAGUAAUUUAAAUGUAAACAAAGCGAGAAAAAUGAAACAAGGAGAACUAUGGACCCAUUUCGGUAGAGAAAUAAUGCUCUCCGAUUUAGGCAGUAAUGAACGAAAAUAUCUAGGGUUUAUAUCCUGUACAAGAUAUAAAGGCACUGAUAUUGACAAACCAAUGACACACGAUGAAAUAAUUUCAUUAACAGAAGCAUAUGCGGCUCUAGGCGGAGGCGGUUUAGCCCUAUUUGGAACAGCUUGUUUGUAUACAUGGCCUACAUGUGUGGAAGAAAUCGUUCCAAAAUUUUUAGAUUGUUCCCCUGUUAACACACGUAGGUUUAUGGAUGAUAGUGGAUACCGAAACACAUUAGGAGGAUGUUUUGCUACCACAUUAGGCUCUGUUUUUCAUGAACUAGGUCAUACAUUCGAUCUUGGGCAUACCAAAGAUGGCAUAAUGGGAAGAGGCUUUGAUAAUAUUGACCGGGUGUUCUUAGUAGGAGACAAAAGAUCUUCUUUAACGAAAGACAAUAUGAAUAAUUUGAAUGGUAAGCCAGUACAGCAUUCAACAGUUUCGCUGCAACGUAACAUUAGCGUUACGAUGAACGUAGCAGAACCGCUACGUGUUUUAGGACCAAGAAGUAAGACUACAUUAGGAAACUUUGCUUCAAUGUCUAAAUCAGAUAUAGUAAGAAGAAGCCCGAAUAUUACACCAAUUACAAGACCAUCUAGUGUAUAUUCAAGUGUAACGAAUAGAUUAUCUGAAUCAAGAAAAAAUAUGAAUAGAUCGAACGGCAACGAUUCUGUUUAUUGGAGUCGAAAUUGUGCAGUUCUGUUAUCCUAUCAUAGAUGGUUCAAUAAUGAAUAUGGAAGAGAAAGACAAGCUAUAACUAGGUAUCUCAAAUUCGAUAAAAAUAAAAUGAUGAUUAUCUCUACAGCUGGAAUAAGAAUAGUUGAGGUUAGAGAUGAGUCAAAUGGAAUGGUGUUAGAUUCAUACGAAUUUACGAAUGUAUUACCAGAAAAAAGCAAACAUAAACAUCUUAAAAAACGUUAA